AUGGUGCUCACUGAGCAGAGUAAGAAAAGCCGCGGUUGGAUUUACGGUACGGAGAGGAGCGGUCCGAAUGCUGGUGGCAUAACAAGUGAACGGGAGGAGGCUAAUGCCAGAUGCGCUAAUGUGGCUCGGUUCGUAGUUAUGGCGCCACGCUUUGAGAUCACAAUUGAUGAUAUUUACAGACAACCAACAAAGCUGAAGGAGAAGUUUGGCCAUACAAAGCAGUCCAAAAGCAUUAGAUCUUCAAAUGUGUCUCGCCCGUCAAGACAAUUAAUUGAGCUUGGUGUUGGUGAGGAUUGUACAUCUGUUGAAGCCCAUGUUAAUGUGCUACAAAGUGAGUAUCGGAAGAUGCAACCUGAUAUGGCCGCUGUCAAAGACCGCAUGACACGAACAUUCUCCUGGAGACGACGUGAAAUCAUAGAAGGCAUGCCAGUAGAGGAAGUGCUCUCCAAAUAUCCCUUCUUAAAGAUGCCUGCUAUAUGUAUAGAUGAGGUUGACAGAAUUCACCCGACAGUCGUGGCAUUCUGUGACCGCUUCAGAGAAGGCUUUGUCGGUGUUUUGCCAAACAUACUUAAGCUGGCCCAGGGGAAGUCAACAGUGGCAAAACAGUACACUGAUGUCAGACAUGAUGCCCUGGUUGAAGACCUACCAGGAAUCGACUUGAGGGCUGGACUCAUUCUGUUGCCUUCAAUCUUCAGAGAAAAGAUUGAACAUUACAUCACUUUGGGAGCGACGGAUGUUUCCACCCCGUAUCCAACGAUUCAACUGAUGGAGAAUGACUGGAAAGUGGCGAUGACCAGUGCUGGGCCCAGUUUGGUGAAAGUGGAUGGCGUGGAUGUGUGCCAGUGCACAACUUUUGAUGAAGCUUUCAUAACGGCCUACAGUAUGUACUUCGUGUUCAACAUUGCAUACCCACCUCACCUGAAAAACACUUUGAGCUUUCUUCAGCGGCGCAUUGUCAGCAUUGUGGAAGAGGGAGACAAGACUCUGCCAAUAACUGUGCUCAGAAUAAUUAACCAAUUUUGA